AUGCUGGCGGCGGCGCGGCACGUGGUGUGCGCGCUCUCCGGGGGAGUGGACAGCGCGGUGGCGGCGCUACUGCUCCGGCGGAGGGGCUACCAAGUGACAGGGGUAUUUAUGAAGAACUGGGACACUCUGGAUGAACAAGGAGUUUGUUCUGCUGACAAAGAUUGUGAAGAUGCUUAUAGAGUUUGUCAGAAACUGGAUAUCCCUUUUCAUCAAGUUUCCUAUGUCAAGGAGUACUGGAAUGAAGUUUUCAGUUACCUUUUAAAUGAGUAUGAACUGGGAAGAACUCCUAAUCCUGAUAUAAUGUGCAACAAGCAUAUCAAAUUCAAUUAUUUUCUCCAUUAUGCUCUGGAUAACCUUGGAGCGGAUGCAGUUGCAACUGGGCAUUAUGCAAGGACUUCACUGGAAGAUGAAGAAAUUUUCCAACAGAAACAUAUUAAAAGACCACAAGGGCUUUUCAGAAACCGAUUUGAAGUUAGAAAUGCUGUAAAACUUCUUCAAGGAGCUGAUCACUUGAAAGACCAGACCUUCUUCCUCAGUCAGAUUUCACAAGAUGCUUUGAGGAGAACCAUUUUUCCUUUAGGAGAAUUGACAAAAGACUUUGUAAAGAAGAUAGCAGCAAAACACGGAUUUCAUCAUGUGCUAAAGAGAAAAGAGAGUAUGGGAAUCUGUUUCAUUGGUGAAAGAAAUUUUGAAAACUUCCUUCUUGAGUAUUUAGAACCUCGUCCAGGUAACUUUGUUUCCAUUGAAGAUAACAAGGUGAUAGGAACACACAAAGGUUGUUUCCUGUAUACAAUAGGCCAGAGGGCCAAGCUAAGUGGCCUCAGUGAAGCUUGGUUUGUUGUUGAGAAAGAUACAACCUCAGGAAAUAUCUUUGUGGCACCAUCUACAGAUCACCCUGCACUGUAUAGAGACCUACUGCGGACAAACCGUGUGCACUGGAUUGCAGAGGAACCUCCUGCUGAGCUAAUUAGGGACAAAAUGAUGGAGUGUACUUUCAGGUUUCAGCAUCAGAUGGCACUAGUGCCUUCCAUGUUAACUCUAAACCAAGAUGGGACAGUGUGGGUGACACUAGUCAAGCCAAUAAGAGCUCUUACACCAGGGCAAUUUGCUGUGUUCUACAAGGGUGACGAGUGCCUUGGCAGUGGAAAAAUCGUUAGGCUGGGCCCAUCAGUGUACACCUUACAACAGGGCAAAAGCAGAGAGCAGGAUUCAAGGCAUGUGUUAGCAGAGGAGAUCAAGAAGUUAGAACCAGCAACGUAACUCAUGCAUUUUUCUUGAUUGAAAGACUUUGGGGAAACUGAAGCCUUAAAAUAAGCAGAACAACAACACACAUACAAACACGUUUUCUCUGACAAACUAUAAAUUUUUAAAGGGUGAAUUAUGACAGUCCUGUCAUAGUAUUUGACUGAUGGUACCUGAGAGGGUUUUUGGACAAAAAAAACAGUUUUGAUAUGGUUUCAUUAAAAGAGGUCCGUAAGAUACUUCAAACAAGUAACAGAAACUUAGUAUGCAAAAAGAUGGGCAUGACUGGAUGAGAGACAUCCUGGCAGUUUCAAGAUCACCACUUUCAUGUUUUUUCAGAAGGGGGUUAACUGUAAACCAAAUAUUUAAUGUCAGAGUCAUUUUAAUGUAAAUACACUGUUUAUGUACUACUCUGUUCUAGAAAUUUAUGAAAGUUUCUACAGCUUGAAAAAGCUGCUUUUCCCUCUUUGUUUCUUAUGCUGUGAUAUCAGCCUUGUGGUAGAGAACUCCUUAUUAAUGAAUUUGCAAUAUGUAAUAAAACUGUUAAUUUCCUAAAAUUGCCCUGUAACAGCAGCAGCAUAUAAAAUUAUUUUAAUUUAAAAAAUGCCCCAAACCCUAAACCUCUCUUUUAGGCACAACUGAAAGUAUUUUUAAAAAGCUGUUUGUCUAUAGUUAAAAUGCAUACAUGAUUUAUGUUAAAUUUGUUUGUGUUCAUGUGGACUUUCGGAGAAGGAUGUGUUGUCUCUUACAUUCAAGUUCAGCAGUUUGCAUGAACUGUGAGCAAUAGGUAUUUAUUUUUCACUUGCAAUAAAUUUUACAACACGUAUUUUACACUUGUUUGAAUCUUAUGCUGCUAGUAGUUAUGGUUUAAGAUUUUACCAUAAUUCAGGUUUUGAAGUCUAGUGAUUUGAAAGUAAAUGUGUUUGAUUCAUCUAACAGUCUCUUAUAAAACUGAGUAAUGUAUGCCAUUUUACUGUAGUUUAAAUAAUUUUAUAAACUAAUCAAGGCACGGACUGUGGAUUCUGUGUCCUUGAAGCACUGUGAGUACAUUGUCAGUGUGUAAAUAAAACCAAAUUCAUGUUUACUUGUUUGUUAUAUUAAAGCUUGUUAUACAAGUAACUUUUGGGGAGGGAGGGCUGGCAUUCAUGGAAAUAGACCGGAUACUAAAUCAAUGGAGUGUUAAUAUAUGGGAGGGUAUUAUGAAAUGUGUUUAUUAUUUAAAACAAAAAAACCUCCCAAGACUUUUGAUAAUGUGAAUUGGAGCAAGCCACUGUAUCCUGAAGACCUCCUCAGAUGCCUAUAUAGUUCCUUUAUUGCGAGUCUUAACAAAAGCCAAGUCCUGUAGUUAACAUUACCGUAUAAAUUAACUAUCAUUAACACACAGCUGCAGAGAAGUAAGACUUUUCAAAUGGCUGUAGAAGUCUGAUGGGCAUAGAAUUCUUUCUUUAUCCAGUUAAGGAGAUAAUCUAGAAAGCUGUAUCUCAAAUAGAUUUUCAUCAAAUGUAAAAGUAAAUUAUAUGUAACUAUGUUGUUUCCCCCAUCUUACACACACCUCCUUUUCUAUAUCCUGAUUGCCAGUUUAAGAGCUGUUAUUCUCUGCUCAGAGUGACAAAGGAAAAUAAAGUUCUCUCUUUUUCUCCAAAGAAGGGAGAUAAAUGAACAGAAAACUCUCCUUACUAAAUGCUACUUGCCAGUCUGUGGAUUUCCUGAGGACACUUGUGCUCAGGUGAACUGUAUGAAGCAAAUGAACUGCCCUUCCUGUAAGAAAUCCGCACCCACCGGUUGUCAGAAAUAUCAGUUGUCCCAUUUGGGGGGUGGGGGCACAGCCACUUAUGAUUGGUGUGUUAUGCACAUCAGGGAUAAGUUCAAUGGGAGAAAGUGUUUUUCUUUAGAUAUCCAGAUAAGAAUUUAUUAUAAGCUUUGCUUCUGACUUUGUAGCUGUGUUGUUCCUCCUUACAGCUAUUCAUUCCUAUUAUUUUGAUAAUGUUAUUCCAGUAAUGAAUCCAGGUAAUGAUUUUUAUGGUUUUUCUUCAUCUUAACCCCUUCAUCCCUGAAAUUGUAACUCUGCAAAAUACAGAACUACUAUAAAGAGGCUAAUGGUUCACAUUUUUCUAUUUUGAUUUAUCCAGUAAAUGUGAAAUACAUAAUAAAAUCUAUUUUUAUUAA